AUGAUUAAUCGCCCACAAAUCUAUGGGACUAGUAAAUGGAUCAAGAGCGACAGUGAAAGUUCAAGAAUGUUUUUUGAUUCAUUUGAACAUAUGCGGCAUAACUUUCUCUCACAGAAAUACGAAUUUUCCUACCAAGCAACUCGUAAGGCAACAAUUUUAUACAAUAUUCCCGCCGAACAAUGCCCACAGGACCUAGCUUAUUUUUUGAUUGAAAUACAUGAUGUACUAGAUGGUGAUAAAAGCAAGAUCACCAAAGAAAAUAUAGAAUACGAUGCUAGUAAUAAUGAAACACAACCUUCAGCCGAAAUCGAAGUAGAACUGCAAGGAAAAUUUAGUGGAGGAAAAGAAGAAGAGGAGAAAGGAAAGAUGAUUUUUGAAAUAAUUGAAAAAAAAUACCGUAAGGAACAUAAAGCCUAUCCUUUAUUUGUUCCUUAUGAUAAAAGACAGCAACAAUCAUAUUUAAUUUGA